GCCGGCGCAUCACAGAGCCCCACCCGCAACCCGCUCCGGCCGCCACCAAUCGAUCGCCGGAAUCCGCCGCGAAAUCUGACGGCCGCUGCGCUCGGAGCCCUUCGACGACGAUGUCGGGAAACGGAGAGGAGGACAAGAAGCCGGCGGAGGGCGGCGCCCACAUCAACCUCAAGGUUAAGGGACAGGAUGGCAACGAGGUGUUCUUCCGCAUCAAGAGGUCCACCCAGCUGAAGAAGCUUCCUCUUCUUCUACGAUCCACCCUGCACAAUGCCAUUGCAUUCCUUUUUGAUGGCCGCAGGCUUCGCGGUGAGCAGACCCCUGAUGAGCUGGAGAUGGAGGACGGCGACGAGAUCGACGCCAUGCUUCACCAGACCGGAGGCUACGUGCCUAGCGCUUAGAAGCCCCCUGUUGCGGCCUCCUUUUGCAGCGCUGCCGUGCGCUCUACCUUCCUCCGUAGUGAAACUAAAGAAGUCUCGAGAGGCAACUUGUGAGGCUCUGGCUCUCCGUGUGCCAUUGCUGAAGGACAUCAGUAGUCUUGUUUAGUAAGAAAUUCGAUACUCUGGCGUGUUGUGACUCGUUUAUCUAUCCCCUAAUAUAUCUUGCCCUGUGUGUACUCCCAA